AUGGACAGGACCCCGAUGGACUACACAAGGUGGGACGUCGGCGAGCCGGACCGGAAGGCAGGAGACCCUGUUGAUUGGGGCGAUGAGUUUUGCAUUCAGAUGUACGUGAAACUCUGGAACGGCUAUGAGGGUCAGGGCGGAAAGGACUACGUCGGAAAAUGGCUGGACCUCGGAUGCAAUUCCGGUUUACUGCAUGGGGCUGUGCCAGAUUCCGAA